AUGUCGAACGACCUGUCGCAGAUGUUUGGGUGAGUAAAACCAUGCGUAUCAUCAUGUGUGGCCUUAAACUCACCGUCGAUCGCGUUUACUUGCGUGAACCCAGUGCAUUCGUCACGCCCGAUAACAGUACGACAAACGCCAGCACCCCCGAUUCGAGCACCGACGCCUCCAAUACGAGUGGCUCUGCUUCCAGCGCGAGUGAUACGCUUUCGCCGUCCUCUUCGGACAGCAAAAAGUCCAAGUCGAGCGAUGGUACCUCGCCGGGCUCGAACUCUUCGGCUGCCGACAGCAGCAGCGACGAUUCUUCGACGGGCUCAGCGACGAACACGGGGGCCGGAAGCAAGACCGAUUCGAGCGACGCCGCGGGAAACGCCACCACCCCCGAUUCGAGCACCGACGCCUCCAAUACGAGUGGCUCUGCUUCCAGCGCGAGUGAUACGCUUUCGCCGUCCUCUUCGGACAGCAAAAAGUCCAAGUCGAGCGAUGGUAUCUCGCCGGGCUCGAACUCUUCGGCUGCCGACGGCAGCAGCGACGAUUCUUCGACGGGCUCAGCGACGCACACGGGGGCCGGAAGCAAGACCGAUUCGAGCGAUGCCGCGGAGGUAUCUCCGUUGCCUUCGCCUUCGCCCUCGCCUUCCCCGACGCCAAAACACAAGAGCAAGAGCAAGCCCAAGGUGACACCAGAGUUGGGGACCCCGGUCAAUACGACCUAUUACACCAACGACACGACGACCAGUACGCCCGAGAAAUCCACCGGAAGCACUGGCACGGGGUGGAAUACGACUCUAGCCUCGAAAACAACCCCAACGCCGGACUCUGGGUCCAAACAUGCGACUGAUUCAGGGGUGGACAACUCUACACUAAGCAUGAAUGCGACGACCACUCCCAAUACUCUCAACGCAACAACGAAUGGGUUGAGCGCGUCGAACGACACUGAUGCCACGUUGAGCCUGAACACGACCUCUCUCCCCGCGUCCGAUUCAACUCAGAGCGACUCGGAUGGGGUCGACUCAACGAAUGUCCUCAAUACGACUGUGGCAAAAUCAAAAUCAACCGUGGGGAAAACGACGGGAUACAACGCGUCGAACCCUUUCAACGUUUCUGUGACGAGUACGUCGGACAAUAACACCUCGGACAAUAACACCAACUCGACCGCGGGUCUUGACGGUACCAACACCGAUGACAGCCCCGAGGGGACCAAUUCGACCUCUACUCCAGACCAGUUGAACACGACGUCGACUCUUAACACCACAGAGGCAACCUCCGUUGAUCCUUCGAGUCUAUCAAACUCGACUUUCGACGACAGCACCAUCAACGAUUCGAACGCCACGUUCGCUGGCACAGGUGCCAACACAACUGCCGGAACGUUGAACGCGUCGACCCUGGCGAGUUCGGAUGCGACCACCAGUCCGAACACCACCACUCCGGACAUCACCAGUUCGAACAUCCCCACUCCUGACACCACCACUCCAAUUACAACCGCUCCGAAAACCACCACUCCGGACACCACUCCGAACACUACCCCUCCGGACACCCCCACCCCGAACACCACCCCUCCGGACACCCCCACCCCGAACACCACCAUUCCAAUGACAACCGCUUCGAACACCACUAAUCCGGACACCAGCACUCCGGACAUUGCCACUCCUAACAUCAUCACUCCGGACACUCCGAACACCACCACUCCAAUGACAACUCCUUCGAACACCACCACUUCCAGCACCACCACUCCGGACAUCACGAACACCACCACUCCGGACACCACCAGUCCGAGUACCACCACUCCGAUGACAACCGCUCCGAACACCACCGCUAAUUACGGAACUUGGGAACCUCCCAACCAGUACGGGAAUACGACGACGAGCACCAAUGACACGACGACUGGCACGACGGGUGCUGAUACUGGAGCAGCGACGGAUUCGACGAACACCACACAGCUCGACGAGGGAAGCAACGCUGUAAACCUCACCUCGACCGCCAACGCGACGAGAUAUUGA